UCUGGAAUGUCUUCUGCAUCGGCUGUAGCGGAAGUUCUUUUACGGCAGCCGAACACCGUUACCCAAAAUAUGCAAAAAGUAGAUGAGAUAGCAAGCAAUCAAGAGCUCGAGCAAGAGUUAAAUCGCAAUCGAGAACUUUUAUCCUACGUAUUUAAUAAUAGCAUGCUGUCUCACCAGAAGUUCUCACAGCACCCAUUGUUAUCUCGACAUUUUGCUGAAUUUGUACAGCCUAAGUUAACUGAGCGGGAACCAGAAUCAGAAAGUGUCCUCGAACGCAAAACACAUAUGAUUGAUUUUUCGGGGUCAAAGAAGCUAAGUAUUCGGCAAGAGGAUCUCCCUCCAACCCCAUCUUCGCAGGAUAAUAACAAUAACAAUGAGAUGCUGAAUGACGUAGAAAGUGCAUUAAGAUUUGGAGAAGAUCUUAUUUUAGAUUUUCCCCAUCUUCAACAAAUUCACAGCAAUCGGGGGCAACAAAUUGGGGAACCAGAAGAUACUUUUAAAUCAAACAGCACAGAACAUUCCUCAAAGCGAGGUAAAACCCCAAAGGAUCACCUGAAGUCAACCUGUAAUUUAUUUAAGGAGCACAAAAUCCUGCUUGCUGAUGUGAAAAGAAGCCUAGAACAACUUACAUUACUUUCUGGUCAAUUCCGGGAUAACGUCAGUGUACGUCACCGUCAAGAUGCCUCUAAAACCACCAAUUCGUCUCUUGAAGCAACUGUACGUCGCCAAUUAAAUGGAAACUGCAAGAAAAUUGAAGACAUCUUGGACCAAAUAAAGCGACUUCAUCAUCAAUGGAAUAGUGCAGAGCUCUAUUAUCUGCGCAGCUUGCAACGCUUAGGACUCAGUUCAGAGGAUGGUGCUGGUUUUAGUUCUACGCCAACACAUACUAUAAUGGCACUGGCUGCCAUUGCGUUGUCCGUAGAAUGUGAGCUUAAACCUAAAAUAUACGAUACCCAAAUUGACUCCAGCGACCUAAAGCAGCAAGUAAACACAAGUGAGUCUGAAUUUGUAUCAACUAUAGAAAAACCCAAAACGCUACAUGAUAUAGAGAAUAUAAUCCUACAAAAAGCUUCAACCGUGCUUAUACAUCAAGGGAAUCUGUCCAAUAAUACGCUCAAUGGUUGCAGUGAUAGUGAUAAUAGCGAAGGAGAAAAAUCAAUACCAUCGCCCACGUGCAUAUGGCAUCCGAAAAACCGAGACACUCGAUUUAAGGAAGAAGACGAAAAUUGUAGCACUGCUGCUGAAAUAAUUUUGGAGUACGCAUCUAAAACAAAUUCUUUACAAAUUCCUGAUCGUUUUACUAAUACUAGUGCAAAGGUCCGGGCGAAUAUUUCAGAUUCUAUUGAAAGCUAUCGUGCAUUGAAUAUGAGUCCACUAUUAUCGUUUAAAAAUAGCAGAGACAGUUUAGCUGUUUCAAAUGUCAACGAAUCUGGCUAUUUUGCGGAGAUCCAGUUUCCUGCAGCACCUUCUACGCCACCGACAAGCAGUAAUAGUAGCUGCUCGACUGGAACUAUUCAUGUUACAUGUCCGUUAAAUAACAAUCGAAGAAAAUCUAGAUACGCACGUCGCAUCGAAACGCCGACAACGUCUUCUCAAAAAACAACUUUAUUAAAGGGUGCAAGUAUUCAGGAAUAUUCUCGCAGCCACCAAACAGGAAGUGUUUAUAACGUAAUAGAUGCUACUUUACCCAUACCAUCAUCAAUUACAACCGCAAUAACAGGAGCGACAUCUACACCUUCUCCUCCAAUUGUUCAAGCCGCAUCUUCGGCUAUUGCCACCGUAACCGCACUGCAAGAACGUGCCCUAACUAAUAUGUUCAAAGCUCGACUGAGCGCUUUGACGGCAGCUGCAGGUAUCGACAACGGAGGUGGAGGCCUUGCCAGCGACAAAUGUGAAGGUGAACCGGUACCAGAUGCUCCGUAUGAUCUAAGCAUUGGAACCAAGCUUAAAAACAUAAACUUGGAUUCAAAAAACUCAUCGAAUACCCAAUCUAUCGACUGUAAAGAUAGCUCAAAUGAUAAAAAGAAACCACAUAUCAAGAAACCGUUGAAUGCGUUUAUGCUUUACAUGAAGGAGAUGAGAGCUAAAGUAGUCGCCGAAUGUACGCUCAAAGAAUCAGCCGCAAUCAAUCAAAUUUUAGGGCGACGGUGGCACGAACUUUCCCGCGAAGAACAAAGCAAAUAUUACGAAAAGGCUCGGCAAGAGCGUCAAUUACAUAUGGAAUUGUAUCCGGGGUGGAGCGCACGAGAUAACUACGGUUACGUGUCAAAAAAGAAAAAGCGUAAAAAAGACAGAUCGACAACGGAUUCGGGAGGUAAUAACAUGAAAAAGUGCCGUGCUAGAUUUGGACUGGACCAGCAAAAUCAAUGGUGCAAGCCAUGCAGACGCAAAAAAAAAUGCAUACGCUACAUGGAGGCUAUGAAUGGAACAGGCGCGAUCGAAGAUGGAAGUGGAAUUGAUGAUCUUGGAAGCCAGCUAAGUGAUGACGACGAUGAUGAUGAUGAUGAUGAUCAGUUAGUCGGUAGCUGCGGCAGCGGUGAUGAAAGUAAUAAAAUUCCAGAUGAUGAUACAGAGUCUCUGAAUCAGUCAAUAUCCAGCCCUGGCUGCCUAAGCGGGUUGUCUAGCUUACAAAGCCCGUCUACAACAACAAGCUUGGCGAGCCCACUUAAUAUGAAUAUUAAUCCAGCAACACCGUCUCUGUUAGCUGUCAGCACUAAUGCGCUUAUGGUCCCCAAUGCAGAACAGGGAUCCAGUCAACCAAGAUCGGAAUCUAUUUCCGCAUCAGGAUCGAGUAGUGGGUCAACUUGUAGUAUAAGCACUACGCCGAAUACCUCAAAUACUGUCUCGCCUGUAACAGGAACGACGGGUCCAUCUUCAAGUUUAGCCCAUGAGCGCGCUAUGAUGCUUGGAAAUCGUUUCAGUCACCUAGGUAUGGGCCUUAGUCAUCCAAUAGGUAGUUCUGUUAGCAACAAACCUGAUGCAUUAUUCCAGCCACAUCCUUCAGUCAGUAAAAAUAAGAGUUCAGCAAAUGGCUUUAAUGGUUUUAGCGGUUCUGGUGUACCGCCUAAGGCGCCGGCGCCGGUAAACGUACCACGAAACCCCAUUGGUGCCAAUCCACGAGAUAUAAAUAAUCCAUUGAGCAUCAAUCAGUUAACUAAGCGGCGUGAAGAUCUAAAUGUUUGCUCCAUUGCAGUCUCUGAUUCUAAGGAAAAAAGUGCUUUGGGGCCUACGUCCAUUAUUCACCAUGCUGCUCCCCACGGCUAUCACCCACACCACUCGCUUUUUAAUAGCAGCUUCAGCCAACAUUUUCACCAACAGUUGACCCACCAUUUAGCGGCAGCUAGCAAUAGCGAGUCAACAAUAUUGUCUGGAGAUACCCAUUCCAUAAACAACGGCAAGCAUACUUCCUCAGAUCCGCCAACGAACGCAAACAAUCCCUCUUCAAGUGCUGGUUCUUCCGAAACUGGAGCCAUUAGCGUAUCAUAGCAAACUGCUAGUCUAUUAAAAUACCUAUCGCCGGCUUUCUCUCAAUUUUCUCAAUAUUCAGUGUUGUGUGAGAAGCAGCUUAAAUUAAUGAACGUGCAAUAAAUAGUAUUAUCGCCAUCCCAUUCGCCAUCUUUAGAAACAUGUGGCCAUUAAUAGACAAGUGCCAAAAUUUAAAUUAUUUAUAUAUACAUAUGAAUAUGUAUAUUUGAAUUUUUGUAAUAAUUGAAACUAAAAUCUGGAUAUCUUGGCAUUUUCUAUAAAUAAAAGAAGAGGCCAAACAGAAAUAUUUCUCUGGAGACAACACAAAUGGAUCAAAGCUCAUGCUAGGGAACGCCAAAUAAAUUAAGUAAGCGUGUUUACGUAUGUAGGUAUGUAUGUUUGUACUUAUGGUAUAUGUGUACAUACUUACUUAUCUUAAGCUACUUACUUCUGUUACACUUACCUAUCCGCAGAAAGUUUAAUUCAACUAUAAUAUA